AUGGAGGAUUAUGAAACAGAUACAUUAACUGAAGAGUGUAGUGCAAUUAUUCAAAAGAAGCUUCCUCAAAAGUUACGAGAGCCAGGCAGCUUUACUAUACCUUGCACCAUUGGGAAGUUUCAUUGGGAAGCUAGACCCACUUCUAUUACUCUUCAAUUGGUUGAUCGUUCAUUAACACAUCCCAAAGGUAUUAUAGAGGACAUUCUAGUAAAGGUAGAUAAGUUUAAUUUCCUAGCAGAUUUCAUUGUUUUAGAUAUGGAGGAAGAUGAGGAUGUGCCUAUUAUAUUGGGACGGCCAUUUUUGGCCACGGGGCAAGCAUUGAUAGAUGUUCAGAAGGGAGAUUUAAGGCUUAGAGUACAAGGUGAUGAGGUCAUUUUAAUGUUUUCAAAGCUUUGA